AUGACCAGUUACCAUCCAGCUUCCAAGGGGAUGGUCAAACGGUUUCAUAGACAGCUCAAGGCCGCUCUACGUGCCUCUCCAGAUCCACAGUCUUGGACUGAAUUUCUGUUAAUUGUGCUUCUUGGCUGUUGUACUGCUGUCAAGACAGACCUGGGUUUCUCCUCUGCAGAGCUGCUGUAUGGUACCACACUAGCAUUGCCUGGUACGAUGUCGGUGCCAGACACUUCACAGCAUCAUGAUCCAGCGUCGUAUGUCGCAAGACUUCGCACCUAUUUUUCUAAUCUUCUACCCAUGGGUUCCCAGGACCAAUCUCCACCCUCUAAUGUUCCAUCAGAUAUUGACUCUUGGUCACAUGUUUUUGUUCGGGAUGACUCUAUCAAGGGACCUCUUGUUUCUCCUUAUAAAGGACCCUUUCAUGUGCUUUCUCGCACACCCAAAGUUUUUACGAUUGAUAUGAAUGGUCGUACAGAGACUGUCUCUGUAGAUUGGCUUAAAAGAGCACAUUUUGAGGUGUCCACAUCUUUUGAUAACACCAAUGCCACGCCCACCUUUGAACCUACACAUGCACCUUUGACAACACCAUCACCUACACAUGCACCUUUGACAACACCAUCACCUACACAUGUACUUUUGACAACACCAGCACCGACAACACCAUCUUCGUCGUUGCAACCUGCCUUGAGCAGACCCUAUGUCACCAGGACUGGUCAAACUGUUCACUGGCCCAAGAAACUUGCAAAGACUAUUUACAUUUGA